AUGUAUGACCUGAAUGAGAUAGAUAGAGCCUGUCCUACAGGUUCCUAUGGAGAUAACUGUUCCACUACUUGUCCAUACCCGUCGUACGGGGAGAACUGUGGUUUCCGGUGUAAAUGUAGUGCGGAUAAAGUGUGUAGUCCCUAUAUAGGAUGUAUCAAAAUAAAUACCGCCUGUCCUACAGGUUCCUAUGGAGACGACUGUUCCACUACUUGUCCGUUCCCGUCGUAUGGGAGAACUGUGGUUUCCUGUGUAAAUAUAGUUCCCUGUCCUACAGGUUCCUAUGGAGAUAACUGUUCCACUACUUGUCCAUACCCGUCGUACGGGGAGAACUGUGGUUUCCGGUAUAAAUGUAGUCCGGAUGAAGUGUGUAGUCCCCAUAUAGGGUGUGUCAAAAGAAGUACCGAAUCUACUUCUUCUACAAGUAUCAAAGCGGAAAACGACAUAAAGUCAAUGACUCCAUAUAUUGCAAAUCAAAAGUAG